AUGUCGUCCACCACAGGCCCUCCGUCUCCCCUAGGUACUGCAGCACAUCUCCCACCCGGCGGACUGAUCGCAAUCGCCUGGUCCAGCGUCGUCCUCGCAGGCGCUUUCGUCGUCGCUCGUACUUUGAUCCGUAUAGUCAAGGCCGAGCGCCUUGGGCAUGAUGACUAUUGGAUCUAUCUAGCUUAUCUCAUCCUUUGCAUCAAUGCUCUUCUUCAAACGGUUCAGACCCCUUAUAUCUACCACCUUGUACGGGUGAGAGCAGGAUUGGAGCCCGCUGGCGAAGGAUUUUUGAAGGAUGGUAAGGCAUACCUGCGCUAUGAGUUCACGAUCAUUGGCCUCUUCUGGUCGAUACUCUGGAGUGAAGUGGUGGAUGAUGGUCGCGGGUUUUGCCUUCGCCUCGUACGUUGGGUGCUGGAUUGCGAGCGCAAUGACAUGUCACCCGGCCUCUCUCUACUUCACAUUCGGUACGGAGGUCUCCCCACGGCGACUAAAGAGGUUACUGAGAUCAUCAACCAGUCGCUCUUCAAGGGCCGUGGAUCCUUCCAGCGCUACAACUUUCCAGUCAACGGCAAGAACUUGUCACGAGACUUACGUCAUACUGCCAUACGACUUGGCAGUGCUGAUACUGGUAACGGUGCUAAGGCAGCACCGCAAGUCAUGUCAAAGCCGAUUGAUGGGGCACCCGAUGGUGGCUACGGUGAUGGAAUUUACGUACCACACGGAGCUAUUGGUGUGAGGAGUGAUUAUGAAGUGAGGGGCUAUGAGAAUGAGCCAUGA